AUGUUUGCAUGCUUCGCAGUCGUUCUUGCUAUUCUACUUUUGGUUUAUCGACGUCUUUCGAGAAGAGGAGGCGCGCCUCAGCCGUCUUUCAUUCCAGAGAAAAUUCCUUUCGUAUCCCAUGCGCUGGGCAUUGCACGACAUGGCGCGGUGUACUACAAGAGCAUUAGCGAUAGAACGCGGUUACCCAUCUUCGGGUUGCGCCUCCUCACGCAAACAAUAUACGUAGUCACAGACGCGAAUCUGAUUUCCAAAAUCCAACGCCAUCCAACAAUCUCCUUCGACCCGUUUGUCCUCCUUGCGGCGGAAAGGCUAUGUGGUGCGAGUCCCGCGAUGCUCCAAACGAUGCGCAACGAGAUGAAAGACGGAAAGAAGACGCGCAGCAGCCUCAUGAACGAAUCGCACAUCCUGACGCACUCCGCUUUCAGAUCCCAGACGAAUCUCUCCGAAAUGGUUGGAAAGAUUCUCGACAUCGUAUCGGGCGAGCUAGAGCAUACGUCCGCGGGCGACCUCUUCCAGUGGGUCCGGCAUACGGUCUGUCUCGCGAGCACAGAUGCAGUGUACGGGCCGCAGAAUCCUUUCCGCGUAGACACGGGCCUCGAAGACGCUUUUUGGAACUAUGAUGCCGAUCUCUCGUUGCUGCUUCUGAACUUCCUUCCUAGCUUGACGGCGCGGAAGGGACACUUUGCGAAGAAGGCGCUUAGGCAGGCUUUUACCAAUUACUUCCGUAAUGGUGGAAGUGAGAAGGCAUCGGGCUUUGUGCGAGCUUGCAAUGAGGCGAACAGGAAGCGUGGCAUAUCCGAAGAGGACCAAGCUGGAUUCGAAGUCGUACACUGCAUCGGACUGCUGGUGAACACGCCGCCAACGCUGUUCUGGAUGAUAUACCACAUCUUCUCCGACCCCGAUCUCCUCGAGAAGCUCCGAAUAGAGUUGAUCGCAUGCCUGCAACCCGACAACAUCGAAGACUCCACCGCAAAAAUCCUCGACAUCGAAAAAGUCGUCAGCGAUUCGCCCCUCUUCCAAUCCACUUUCAAAGAAGUCCUCCGCGCCCACGCCUCCAGUCUCUCCACCCGCAUAGUCCUCGAAGAUACCUCCAUCGGCUCCGACAUCCUCCUCAAAAAGAACGCCGUCGUGCACAUGCCAAGCGCCUGUCUGCACUCUGAUCCCGCGUACUUCGGCCCGGGGACCGAAUCCUUCGACGCAUCGCGGUUCCUCCCAGGAAAUCUCCUGAAGGAAGGCAUGGCGGCGAAAUCCCAGGCUGCUUUUCGUCCUUUUGGUGGGGGCUCGACGCUCUGUCCUGGACGCCAUUUUGCCACGAUGCAGAUAUUGAGCAUCACGGCGCUGGUGGUUUUGGGUUUUGAUGUUGUGCCGGAGAGGGGGGAGUGGGUCUGCCCUCGGGUGUUGGAGAGCACGAUGACGACUACAGUGCUGCCGCCGAAGGAGGAUGUGAGGGUGCGGUUUGAGCGGAGGCGGGAUCCUAGGGUUGGAUCGCUGCGGUUUAAGGUAUGA